UGUUAUGAUAACCAGCCUACAUAGUUUUUUGGGCAUUAGUAAAGAGCGGAGUUUUGUGUACACAUAAUGGGACGCUUUCGACGACUUUGGAAAAAAGGCGCAAAGCAUGAGAUUCCAAACAGGUUUAUCUUUAUUGGGAAUACUAUUCCGGAUGGAGUUGAACCACCGGUCCAUUACGAUCAGCAGAAUUAUCCAGACAAUGAAGUUAUUUCCUCCAAAUACACCAUCGUGAACUUUUUACCGAAGAACUUAUUCGAACAAUUUCGUCGUAUAGCAAAUACGUAUUUUCUUCUCAUUGGCAUCAUCAUGAUCGUGAUCAACAGUCCCGUCAGCCCUUGGACAACUUGGCUGCCGCUGCUUUUCGUUGUUGUCAUAACGGGAGCAAAACAAGGCUAUGAAGACUUUCUACGACACGUCAGAGACCGUGAAGUUAACUUGCAGAAAAUCGACGUCGUUCGUAAUGGAGCAAUUCAAAAAGUUAAAGCAAAAGAAAUCCGUGUCGGCGAUAUUAUAAGAAUUAAACAAGAGGAAAGUUUCCCAUGCGAUUUAGUGUUGCUAUCUUCUUCCAACAAGGAGGGAAAAUGUUACUUGACUACGGCCAAUCUAGACGGUGAAACAAAUUACAAGGUUAAGAUCAGCACAAGAAUAACCCGAGAUUUUGAUGAUCCAGAGAAAUUGAAUAAUUUAAAAGGAAACAUUGAGUGUCAACAACCAACAGUGAACCUAUAUCAGUUUAUAGGAACUUUGACCGUUUACCAAUGUGAUUCUUUGAACGCAAUUAGUUCCGUGAAAGCUUCUUUGGGACUUGACAACCUUUUACUUCGAGGAGCCAAACUCAAAGACACGGAAUUUAUCUACGGGUGUGCCGUGUACACCGGCCAACAAACUAAACUCGGCCUUAACUCGCUUAUAACGAGCAAUAAGUUUUCGACCGUUGAAAGGAGCAUGAAUCGCUAUCUUUUGGUUUUCAUGGGUCUUCUUGCGCUGGAAAUAGCCCUUUGUACAAUGCAGAAAUAUUUGUUCCUCUCAAAUUUAGACGGCGCACUUUACCUAGGAGAGAACGAAACGGUGUCAUUGGUUGGUGUGUUGGCCGAUCUAUCAGCUUUUCUUGUCAUUUUCAGCUACAUCGUCCCCAUUUCGUUGUAUACUACUUUAGAAGUGCAAAAAUUCACGAGCAGCCAAUUUUUUGGAUGGGACCUUAAUCUCUAUCAUGAGCCGACUGAUGAACCUGCGAUUUGUAAUACGUCUGACUUGAACGAAGAACUGGGACAAGUGCAGUAUCUUUUCACAGAUAAAACUGGGACGCUAACAGAGAAUUGCAUGGAGUUCCGUCAGUGCUCGAUUGCGGGCAAAAAAUACACCGAAAAAAAUUGCAUGCUUAUGGUUGAAUUGGAAGACGGCCUUCGACACGUUGAACAGUUUUCGUCAUCAGAGGAGCAAUUCUUGAUCACACUAGCCCUGUGUCACACAGCUACCGUAAUCGGUGUUCGUAAAAGCAAAAACGAACAAAAGAACAAGUUAGAAAAUGACAAUCCAACCUUCAUUGCUGACAUAGGAGAUUUCGAAUACCAAGCAUCCAGUCCAGACGAGAAAGCACUCAUCGAAGCCUGUCAGAAGUUUGGAGUAAUUUAUUGCGGAGAGAUUGGCGGCGUUUGCACCAUCUCUGUCAAAGGUGAAAUACGGAAAUAUCGCCGUUUACAUGUUCUUGAAUUUGAUUCAAACCGAAAACGAAUGUCGGUGAUAGUUCAGUUUCCCGACGACUCUAUUUGGUUGCUUUGUAAAGGCGCCGAAAGUACAGUAUUACCUCAUUGUGUGGCUGAAUCAAUAGCCGCAACUGAACAACACAUAAAAGACUACGCAAUACUUGGUCUGCGAACAUUGACGAUAGCAUCGCGUCAUCUCAGUUCAGAAGAAUACCAGGCAAUCGACCAUUUACUGGAAGUUGCUAGCCAAUCGAUGACAAACAGAGAGGAGGAACUGGCCAAAUCUUUCGAUUUUAUUGAGGCACAUCUGACGUUAUUGGGAGCAACCGGAGUAGAGGAUCAACUUCAAGAAGAAGUGCAGGAAACCUUAGAAUCUCUUAAAGUUGCAGGAAUUAAGAUAUGGGUGCUUACUGGUGAUAAAUUAGAAACUGCUGUGAACAUAGCACAUUCUUGUGGCCAUUUCAAACGCGGUAUGCACAUUUUCGAAUUGAGCAUACCGGAUAGAGUAGAAGAAAUUUUACUUCAGACUAAGAAAACUAUACGAAAUGAACAAGAUCUCCAUUAUGGAAUGGUAGUUGAUGGCCAUUGCCUUGCCAUAGCAUUGAUUCAUCAUCGAGCUCUUUUAGCCGACGUGACAAAGCACUGUGAAGCUGUCGUGUGUUGUCGGAUGUCGCCUAUCCAAAAGGCCGAGGUGGUGAAACUGGUCAAAGAAUUCCCAGAAAAGCCUACCACUGCGGCCAUUGGAGACGGAGCAAAUGAUGUGUCUAUGAUUCAAGAAGCUCAUAUUGGAUUAGGUAUAAUGGGCAAAGAGGGUAGACAAGCUGUUCGUUGUGCAGACUUCGCCUUUGCACGUUUCCAUUAUUUGCGCCGGGUUUUAUUUAUUCAUGGUCAGUGGUAUUACUGGCGUAUCUCUUCAUUGGCUAUGUAUUUCUUCUACAAGAACCUCGUGUUUAACACACCGGUCGUCUUCUUUUGCAUAUUCAGUGCCUACUCCACACAGCCAGUUUACGAUAGUUUUCUCUUAACUAUGUACAAUAUUACUUUCACGGGUUUGCCCGUGUUCCUGUUCACUGUUUUGGACCAAAAUUUCACAGAACAGCAGCUUUUAAGCAAUCUUCACUUGUAUGGUUCAACAACAGGGGACGCCCGCAUGAGCUGGACUCAAUUUCUUAAAUGGAACAUCCUUGCGCUGUGGCAUGCAAUCGUUAUUUACUUCGGAACACAUUUACUAUUCUACUACGAGUGUGACGAUGUUUAUAAAGGCCAACCACUGGAUUUCGUUACAUUUGGCACUAUUAUGUGUCAAGUUGUCGCCUGGGUCACGAAUUUAAAGCUCCUGCUGGAGUCACGCCACUGGACUCUUUUAUUCACAGCAUCCGUAGCCGUGUCUGUUCUUCUAGGCUUUUCAGCCAUUGUACUCCUCUAUUGCGCUUAUGACUAUAAUUUCGUCGAGAGUAACGCCAUGUUGUGGAUUUACAUGGUAUCUUCGUCUUCCCUCGCCGCUUGGUUAUUGCAUUUCUUGUUGGUUGUUCUUUGUCUGUUACCGGAUCUUUUAGUGGUCAUGGCAGAAACACAGAUUAUCCGAAACGGCAUUGUUUCUACUCAAUCCUCAGUGCAACUGGCUAAUGGAAAACUAGAACGGAUCGUGUCCUUUAUGAGUCAGCGAUCAAAGAAGUCGUUCGAUGUAGGCUUCUCUCACCGGCGAAACUUAAAGAUGACCUCUAGACAGAACGAUAACAGUCUGGAUCCAUAAAUUAUUCAUCUGGUUGUAUGUAUAGUCAGCAUUGAUUUAAAAUUAUAUCUGUGAAACAUAA